UUAAAGGGGCAGGCCAGGCGGAGAGAGCGUGAAUACUGAAGGUGGGUCUGUGGAGCAGACUGCCACUGCUGCUACUGAUGUCGCUGGUCGACUGACACCAAGUCUUUCUUCGCCAUAGAAGUUUGUCAGGAGAAUAGGCGUGUUAUUUCGGCUUUAUUCGGCUUUCAACACAUCCUAGAGUGAUUAACCCUAGAGGAUAACCGACAUGAACCUGGAUGUACCUUUGUGCGCUCGAGCGCUUUUCUUGGCUCAACUUCUGGCUUCAUACCUGUUCAGCCCUGUGCAAGGUCAAAGUGAUGGCAGUGGCGUGGUGGUGGCCAUGUAUAAUAUCAGCGCGUCCCAGGGAUCUCAGGCGGUAUUGCAAUGUCAUAGUCAGCGCAUGGUGUGGACACAAGACCGAUUAAAGGACCGCCAAAGGGUAGUGCACUGGGAUUUACUUCGUAGUGGCCCAGACCAUGCAAUGGAACGUGUCAUAGACAUGUUUUCUGCUGGAGACCAACGCAUCUACAACGGCUACAACCAGGGCCGCAUAAACAUGCCCAAGACUGCUUUUAAGGAUGGCAACUUCUCAUUGGUAAUCAAAGAAGUUGCAAUGAGUGACAAAGGAAUUUACUCCUGUAACCUGCAUCAUCAUUACUGCCACCUGUAUGAGUCGAUCAAAGUUCAGCUUAAUGUCACCAAAUCAGCACGUAAGGAGAGAAGGUUUUGGGACGGUCAGAAGGCAGUGUUUGUGGUUCUGGUGGGCAGCACAGUGGUUCUCCCUUGCGUUAACCGCCGGCCUAUCUGGACAGAGGGCAACAGUCAGGAGGACCAACAACAAGUGGUGCACUGGGACCGUCAGCCUCCAGGGGUCCGACACGACCGUGCCGAUCGGCUCAUUGACCUGUACGCUUCUGGUGAGAGGCGUCACUAUGGACCACUGUUUGUUCAGCAAAAGAUGAAUAUAUCUGCCACAGCGUUCUCGCAGGGAGAUUUCUCUCUGAUCAUCUCAGACACCCAGCCUCUGGAUCAGGGGCUAUACUCUUGUCAUCUCCACCAUCACUACUGCGGUCUGCAUGAGAGACGCAUCUUCCAGCUUACUGUGACACCUCCAGUCCCUCAGAUCCCUCAGGAACCCACAGAUGAACCUCCGUAUCUUCCCAGUGAAAACCCAAACAUCAAUAUGGUGGAAGUGCCGCCCCAUGUAAUCAACGUCAUCUUAUCAGAGCAAAGGAGUCACUUCCUGCAGCAGCUGGGCUACAUCCUGGCGACUCUCCUCUUAUUGGCCCUUAUUGUGUUGGCUGUUGUUCUCCUCACACGUCACCGGAAAGGACAAGGCUAUGAUUUUGAUCCACGUAAAGAGGAAAGUGCACCUCUGCCGACGGUGACGUAUGUGGGCCACACAUCAUGUGUUAAGAAAGAAUGUGAGCGAAGUAUCCCAGAAGUGAAGUCAAGCAACCAAGAGGAGACGAAGUUGGACUACAAGAACAAUCUUCUGAAGGAAGCGGAAAUGUCCAAACUUUGCUCCCAAAAAUCUAUUGACCUGGACAGAGAGAUGGAGAAGCCAUCUUGGAAAUAAGAGGUACCUUGCCACUGGCUGGUCCAGGGGCAGAUCUGGAAACGGAUGAAGAAUGAAAUGCAGAGAGGUGACACUAUGGCAAGGAAAUAAGUGAAAAAGAGACGACACAGUUGUAUCUUUUUUUUAUCCUGACUCAAGAUCCUUCAUAUGUUUGGCUCUUGUGAAGCUUGCAGGAAGCAAGAAGGAGUAUCACCAGCAGUCUUUUGUUCAACUGAUAUAUCAGACUAAUGGCAAACAACUGUUUCAGAGCACUGAAAUGACAAGCAAAAAGCUUAAAAAUGCAAGAGUCUGCAUUUUUUUAAUGAAUUUUUGCCCAGUGCUGCCACGCGAUUUAUGAGUAAGAGUAAAACACACCCAGAAUUCUGUGUCCUAAGUGUCAGAAUGUUUAUACUGGUGUGAGGUAUGAGCUAUGUAAAGAUUAGGCCUGACCGAGGCUGGGACAUGAACAGUUAUGUGAGGAAGAACCUUCUUAUUCUUUGUGGAAUUUACAAAACAUUGCAAUUUAGCUGGUACAGUUUUAGAUGAGUUUUGUGUAUGGCCACAAAUACUGCAGAAGCUAUUGCUGCAUCACAAAAUGCAUAAUUAUUUUUCGCUUUGAUCAUAUUCUUUGUUUAUCUUCUCAAUAGGUUUAAGCUCUGCUUUCUGAAGAUACAAUUCAUAAGCAUUUUCAAUACAUUUACUAUAUUAUAUGAAGUACUAUAUUAUAUGAAGAAAUGAAAUUUCAAUUUUAAUAAUUAUACUAGGUUAAGUAUAUUUUGAUCAUAUUGUUGAUCUGUCUAUGUGGUUAUGUAAGAUCAUAAUUUAGCCCAGACUGAAUCUUGCAAUUAUCUAUGCUGGUUUUGUAUAACAGUUUUAAACAUGGAGAUUUAAGUCUACAUUCUUAUUGGUAUUUGAACGCACAGUCAGUUUAGCCAAAAUAUUUCAGUAUUAUAACUCAAAAUAUUCUAAACCCAUUUAAAUCAGUAUUUUUUUGGUUCAUUUUGAUAUUCUAUUCCCAAUACUAGCCGUGUUAGCACAAAAAGCUUCAAUUGCCUUAAUGUGUAACAUUUUCUAUCAAAAUCUUCUGUAUUCUGACUGUCCUCUAGCAAUAUUGUCUUUUCAUGUUAUUGUUUGUAUAUUUUCAUAUUUACUUUUCUCAUGUUACAAACCUAACUAACUGCCUUUGUCACAGUUUAUUUGAAUAUUCUGGCAUUAAAUGUAAUGUAUUGCAGCUUUGAGCAUUUGCAGCAAACAGUUAAGUGUGAAACUGAUUCAAAUGCAUGUACUGGUACAACAUGAAAAUAAUUUAAUUAUAGUAGUACGGCUAUGAAAAUUCAGGCACGAUAGAUGCAAACAUUUCUUUCCUAGCUUGCUCAAAUCAGUGUUAUGCAAUGUGUACUGCUUUAUCUUUAACUGUUUAUUAUGGUGAAGCUGAAGCAAUGCUUUUGCCCAUUAUGAUAAUUAUAUGACACUCAGCCAACCAACCACCCUUUGAUUUCCUUAAAGGCUUCUAAAUAAGAACACGUUAAUAUUGAUUGAGGUUGCAAGAGGAAUUUGCUGGGUAGACCACAAUGCUUUUGGUACAUGAUGCCACAUAAUGGAUAAUCCUGGAGUGGUUUUAUAAUUGAUGAUUUAAUUUUCCAGUUCACUGCCAAUGUUCUGUCUUUCGAAGCAUAAUAAAUUUUUUACCUCUGGAA